UCGAAGUGAGUUCAAAAACCGAGAUCAGAUCGUUUACGUCUGGAGUUUCUUUUCUUUCACCGAGUAGUGGAUUACCUGAAUUCUCUACCGGAACACAUUGGACUUCCACAGUAUAACUGAAGACUGAUUAUUGGACACCUUUUGCCUGGCUUAUUCGUUUUACCUGUCUGACCUUGGCAGUCGUUCUUGUUGUGACAAGUAAUUCCAAGCCUCUUGCUGAAUUCAACACGUCGUGUCACGUCAUUCGCACACUAUAACUUUCAGUAGCCUGGUGGUUAGAUUAGCCUCACUGGAAGUUGCUAAACAUUUAAAACAUUUUUCGUAAGUAACGCGCGCUUUUCGAACGGUUCCUGCCUGGAGGAUCUGGUGAUCCCCUGCUACUAGACACGGAAGCCUGUUAAGCGAAAGCUUCUAUUCCAUCCACAACCAUUUGAACCAUUUAAAAAUGAGUACAAAUUGUAGGCAAGGGAAAGUCGAGGUUAGUGGUAAGUAUUAAUGUAUGCCAAACAUUUUUCUAUGAAUCAUUUUGAAAAAACAUCAAGAUCACUCGCUAUUAUCUGAAUUUAAUCAAGAUGUUUGUCUUCAGCUUAUUAAUGGUCAGAAGGUCGGAAAGGAUUCUGAAGCCCAAAGUCAUAGUAUUUUGAGUAAUUAUUUCACUGAAGAAAUAAAUUCAGACGAUCCAUUCGGUUCUGUUUGUGACUCAAAGCCUAAUGAAUUGACCAAAUCACCUAGCAAUACUGAUCUAUCAAAGUGCUCUCAGUUGGAUCCUAAACAAGAUGUAACGAGUUUGAACCGUCUAAGACAACGAGAUGCCUGGUUGCCUUCUGAAUCUACUCAAAAAGCAUUAUUGAGUCCAAGUCCCGAAAACAAGUUAGUUGAGGUAAAACCUAUUCUCAUGGGCAAAGAUUAUGAGAUUGGCGGUAGUGGUAGCACUUCUGCUUUUGAUCCAUUCCAUUAUUUGUUGGCUCAGUAUACGGGCGAUGAACCAAACGUUAAUGCAAUCCAACGGGUUCCAUCUAUUGAACUGAGGAGUCAAAGUGGUGAUGAUCUCAAAAAAUUAAUUAACAAUGGAUGGUAUACUUGUGCACUGAAUCUUACUUAUCGUAUUCUUUCAGCUGCUGGUUUUAAAAAUGACGAAAGUGAGGCCGUUUUAUCUCCAUAUACUGCUCAGAUUUGGUUGUGUCGAUUGGCCUUAUUAGUUCGUACGCAAAAUUAUAAAUUGGCUGAACAUGAAUUUGCUACUUUUCAUAACAUGGAAGCACCGAAUUUCUAUUUUGAAUAUUCUCCCCAAAGAUAUCCUGGACGGACAGGUUCUAUCAUUCCAUUUUCUUUAAGACUACUUCAUGCUGAAUUACCAUUUAAUUUAAAUCGUACAAAUGAAGCAUUAGAUCGUCUAUAUUACUUAUUAGCUAUUAUUGGUCGAGUACGUUUAUUUGCAAUUGGUUGAAAUUUUUUGAUGAAGUGCUACUUAUUUUAGUCUUUAUUGUUGACCCCUUAACUAUGCUUCGACUUAAAGUCUAGUAAUAACAACUGUAUUUACUUUUAUUUCACCGUGCAGUAUCUCUACAUUCCUCAUACAUUAGAUGGAUGAGUACACAUACGUGUGUAUAUACUUACUGUGUCAGAAAUACACCACGUCAAAGGAACUUACAAUAUCAUGACGAAUUAGAGAGAUACAAUUCAAAAACGUAAAUAAGAUAUACCGAAUAAUCGAGUUCGAUAAAGAACAAAACCAAGGUAGAUUUCAUUUAUUUACAAGUCUUACUGUUUGUAAUAAAACUAGCAGAAACCUUCAGGAAACUCGUCAGGUUCAUUUUGAGUCAUACCUGAUGACACCUCAAGUCACUGAGUUGCACGGUAUGUAAGACCUUGCCUAUGUAUUCACGAUAAAUCUAUAAGUAUCGGCCCAGCACAUCAACCUUUCUUCCUGCGGUUCUCUAUCGUAAACUGAUUGUCUCAGCUUUUUAGUGUCAGGAAAGCAAUGUGUGGUUUGAAUAACAUUUGGAGGGGGCAGCAUGCAUGAAAAGUAUCUAGGUGGCCGAAUAGGGUAUUUCAAGAUUAUAAUUAUUUGAGAAAUUAUAUAUGGUAUACUAUAAAUGUUACUGGAUCUCGGCAUUACUUACGCAGUAGUGAAAUCGUAUAUAUGUAGUCCUUCGAAGAUAACGAUGACUGAUUACAGAAUACUCGCCGGAAAUCAUCUCAAAGAGUCUAGUUGUCCGAAUCAUAAUCCGAAAUUCCUCUCAUUGGCUAGACUAUCGAAAAUUUUGAUAUAGAUCUUGCAACCCUGUUUACUACAUGAUUUGUUGAUUAUUUCCGAGAAUGUGACCACUAAAUUUGUCCACAAACAGUCAAAAUACCCACCCAUUGUUAAAAGUUAUUUGUGAUCUAACUGGAGCAAUGUCCAAAUCAUAAAAACGUUUAUACUGUUUAAAUGUAUGCGUGUAAACUUAUUGGUAUUAAUCACUUAAGCAAUUCAUUUUCUCAAACCGUCAAGUAUGUAUUUGAAUCACUACCAGUUUAGUUUGAAUAACUAAGUCUUUUUACUAAAAAGUUGUACACUUGGUCGGCAUUUAGUCUUUGACACGGUUUUGAAUCUUGGUUAGUGAGAAAUGAUUUUACUGAAGGAAGAGUAUAAGUUCAUCAAAAAUUCACUCUGUUGAACCUUGCUGGCUAAAUAUAUUACAACCACAUCUUCAAAUUCACUUGGUAUUGUUUACCUGAGUCUUCCCAUUGAUGUUUAAGAGUGCAAUUGACCAGUCUCUUAUUGGCAUCUAUGCAUACUGUGUGCAUUGCCUUAAUUCACAAAUAUUCUAAGCAAAGAUGGUUAGUGGCUAGUAGUGGAAUGCAUGACUCGCGUUUCGUCCUAUUUGGGACUCGUCAACUGGGUAUACCUGCAUUCCAGAGUUGAUGUCCACUCCUGGACUCGAACCUAGUACCGUUCGUUUCAAACACCAUCGCGUUACUCACUUAGCUACUGAUCAGUUGCAGUCCUAAACAUCAAUGGUAAGAUUCAAGUAAACAAUACUAAGUGAAUUUAAACUUCGCCCCAUUGCACAAGCAAGUGGCUAUCAGGACUCAGUAGCUAAGUGGAUAACGCGAUGGCGUUUGAAGCGAACGAUACUGGGUUCGAGUCCCAGAGUGAACAUUAACUCUGGAAUGCAGGUACGUCCAGCUACCAGGUCCCAAAUAGGAAGAAACUCGAGUCCCGGAUUCCACUGCUAGCCACUAUCAAUCUUAACUAUAUCUUCGUUUUAUGGAUAACCCACGUUCACUUGACUGAAAAUUUCUAUAGUGUUGUUCAUUACGUUACCCUUCUGAGAAUUUCUAUAAUGGUAUUCUGUCCUCAUCCAACUUGUGUUUAUGUGCUCACUUUAGAAUCAUGCAUGUGUGACGUUUGAGAAUACAACCUUUCUGUUAAAACUAAAUUAAGUGUGUAACAGGAUUCUUUAAAGUUGAAUACUUAAAGUAUGAUCAGCUUAUGAUCUUGGGAUCCCCUAUCUAAGAUCGCUACUAUUAGAAACUUUGUUUCGUCUCUUCUUUCACGAACAGUAAUCAAAGCAGUUUUUAUUAUCCAUUAAUUUAAAAUAUGUGGGGUUUAAUCAGUCUAGACACUUUCAAGCAUUAGGAUCGUGAAUAGUUAGGAGAAAAGCUAGACCCAGUUGUGACGUUAAAACCUGUUAAGUUGUUGAGUUAUUGGUGCGACGUAUUAAGAAUUAUUUACUUCCUGAGUGAGGUGGUGUAAAUGAUGGAGAUUAUGCAGUCUAACUAGUGUAGUUUUGUGCGAUUUACCCCAUUAUUUGUCAUAUUUUUUUAGAAAUUAAUUUUCAGUUUAGUUUCUUUUUUCUAACUCUAGAUUCAAAGUAAUUUAGAGAAAGGCUUUAGAGAGGAUGGUUCAAUAAGUGAACCAGAUCUUGUUUACCGACAAGCCUCAUUAAAUUUAUGGACUGCUCGUAAAAUUCGGGUGCUUUCCAGCUGUUUAUCAAUAUUUCUACAUAAGUUAGAUUAUCAAUCAGCACUAAAUAUAGUACGUCAAUUAACACAUCUAUGCAGUGAUAAUCAGGUUGUGCUUAGAGGAUUCUGUAGUUUACUUGGUCGUGUUCAUUUGCAGUUUGGGGAUUUGCAAACGGCUAAAGCACUUUUCGACAGAUCGUUACCUAAUGCGGAAUUUCCACUGGGCUAUAAACUUCAAUUACUGAUUCUACAGAAUUUUCAUAAUGCGUUGUUAUCAAUUGGUAAAGGGGAAUAUGAAGAAGCGAGAAUGUUCUUUGAAACUGUUCUACAAUUAGAUCCUACAAAUGUGGCAGCGGCCAAUAAUUUAGCUAUUUGUUCUUUAUAUGUUGGACGACUAUCAAAAUCAAUUGAAGUGUUGGAGGAUCUAACAACAACUGGACUAACUAGUCAACCAAUAAACAAUUUAGGCGUUAUUACAACUGCUUCAACAACUACAGGAUUUUCUACAUCAUUCAUGUUCAAUGCACGAUGUCGUCGAUUCUGUCUACAUGAUGUAAUGAUUUCAAAUUUAGCUGUAUUAUAUGAGGUAGAAUCAGAUCUGGCCACAUUGAAAAAAGUUAACUUACUGAAAAAGUUGAUUGAAAUAUCUGGCGAACCAGUGCACAUAUCAUCAUUUAAAUUGUCUAUGAAACAAUAAAACAAUAAUUAGUAUGUAAUAUUAACAAAUAUCUUUCAUUCUAAAUCACUUGAAUGAAAAAGAACAUUUAUUUGAUUGAUGCCUAUAAAAACAUAUUGUUAAAACUAACCUCCAAAAUUAUAUCUCAUAUUAGAACAUAAUAAUUCA